AUGCAACGACCAAGCUGUGAUUAUUCUCCGGACCUGGUCAAAGAAACCUGCAUCAGCGUGGAACUUCUAAACAGGGAAGCCAAGCUUCAUAAAGAAAAUGUUGCUUUGUCUGGAAGCAGCAGUCCAGAAGAUGUUUUCAGUCCCUGUGAAAUGCAGGCAGUAUCAGUUUGUAUGGACACCACCAUGCCUCCAGGUGACUACAUUCGAAGACGAGGUUAUACAGAGUCUUCACUCCUGAAGCUUCCCACAGAGGAGUGCAUUGGGAGCCAUCAUGCACCUUUCCAGUUUGACCGGCAUGCUUUGGCCAGAAUUUCCACUUCUCCAACUUUAAGGCGUCUAAGGAUGGCGUCUGCCUCACAAGCACUGUCAUUUCAGGACUGCUCUGACACAGCUCAGCUGGAGAAUCAAAAGGAAUACACUGGCUCUCUCCACCACAUUUGUAAGAGUCCACCUCGGUGCACUACAGCUUCCUCAUUGUCGUUGCCUUCUUGUGUCCAUGCAAAAUUACUGUCUUCCAAAGCCAAGUCUGAGACAACUGAAGCAGAUCCAGAGUCUGCCAGCACCAGAUCAAAGCUGCCAAGCCAAAAAGACCCGCUCAGCAAUGGCAGUCCCAAUGAGACACUCCAAAACUCUUGGAGAGCCAACUUUGCUACGCUGCCGAGGAGACUCCUCCACCCCAGCCCUACACAACAGGAGGGUGUCCAGGUAAAAGGAGUAGGAUGA